AUGUAUGAGGAGAUCGGUUACAGCUCAGCAUGGAAGAAGCAGGCAAGCGUGGUCAAGGUUGAGCAAGUCGGCCAGGAGAGCUGCGAGAGCCUGCAGAAGAGACAAGGACCGCUGGCGAAAAAAGCAGGUCAAACGGCUGGAGUGAGCACGGCCAGCCUCGCGGUUAGACCUGCUGCUCCAGACGGUACUGCCGCGGCCGCGAGCGCAGCCCGGCCGAGCUUCGCGAGAGCAGUGCGGGGGGGGGCGGCGGCGCAGGGUGGCUACGCGAGCCUCCCUUUAGGUCCCAGCUCCUGGCGGGGCCGCCGGGGUGUCCACGGCAACGCGCGGGCCAUGCAUGAUACGGGGCCUGCCACGGCACCAGGCGGAGUCGGGAGUGUUGUCGGGGGCGCAGCUAUGGUCGCCGACGCGGGGCGAAUUUACGCUCUGCCGGCGGCCAAGGGCACGGAAGAGGCGAAGGCGGCUAGCUGUGGCCACGGCUCCAGGCAGGGCCUGCCCCGCGCGCCGGGGACCGGCGAGAGAUAUGUGGGAAAGUUGUACGUAGGCCACCGCCACAGAAACGGGAUUUACUACUGGCCUGAUGGUUCCAAAUUCACAGCUCUUUAUCUUGGCUGUGUAGAAGGCUAUGGGACGCUGGAAUGGAAGGAUGGCAGAAAAUUUCAGCUUAGCUUCUGCUGUACUCCACUUUUCCACGGGGAAAUGUUGAAGGAGGUGAUAAUAGGAUCAUUUGAGCUGGAAAAGGCCCUUAAGACCAUCAAGUCCAACCAUUAACCCAGCACUGCCAUGUCCACC